UUCACCAUGGCCAGUUCUUCCUGGUUGGAUGAAUCACAGCUGAGAAACCUCAAGGCCCAGUAUGAGGCCCAGAAUGCCCCAGGCGCUGCCUCCCAGAUCCAGGCACUGGUGGACUGCGUUAACACCCUCAAGAUAAAGGUGGGCGUCUUGGGGGGGCGCGGGGCAGGGGUGAGCACCCUGAUUCAGGCUCUGCUGGAUAAACCUCGCCAGGUGAAGGACCCCUGGGCCUACUUCCGGGAGACUCCGGAGCCCACCAAACAGCUAACGGCGCACAUUCAUCCCACCUACCCCAACCUCGUCCUGUGCGACCUCCCCGGCUUCGAAGCAUCCGAGAAACCGGCCGCAUAUCUCAAGCGCUUGGGCGACCUGAACCAGUACGGCUGCUUCGUGGUGGUGGUGAGUGGAAGCCUGGGAGACACCCAUCUGCAGGUCAUGAAGGCCUUCAAGCAGAAGGGAAAGACCUUCUUCCUGGCGCGCACCAAAGUGGAUCUGGAUCUACAUACUGCCGAAAGGCGGCUCCGCUUCAGAUACAACCCCGACGAGCAGCUGAGGCUGAUCCAGAAGGAGCUGAAGGAGACGUUGGCCAAGAACUGGCUGGACACCAAGAGGAUCUUCCUGGUGUCAGGGCUGGAGUUGGAGAAAUACGAGUUCAGGCACUUCGAGGACAGCUUGGAAGGAGAGGUGCUCAACUUGAAGAGAAGCCACGAUGGGGACCUGGAAGACUUGAAAGUUGUGAGCCCGAAGAAGAUGGAAGAGCUGUAUAACAUCUGCCAGAGCGGCAGCUUGGCGGAAGUCCCAGCCGUGAUCUGCAACGCCCUGGGAAAGCCUUCGCAGAUCCGUCUGGAUGUCGCUGUGAUAGGGGAAGCAGGCUGCGGGAAGUCCUCGCUGGUCAACGCCCUGAGAGGCGUGGCCGCUGGAGAGUCAGGUGCAGCCCCCACCGGGGUGACCGGAACCACAAAGAAAGCCACCGUCUACCCACUUCCGUCGGUCCCCUACCUGUACCUCUGGGACCUGCCGGGAGUUGGGGUGACUGAGGAGGAUGUGAGCCACCUGGACCUCAGCCGCUACGACUUCUUCCUCCUGGUGGCCUCCGAGCGCUACAAGCAUGCCCACAGUUGCUUGGCCAGAGCCAUCGCCACAGCCGGGAAGGAGGCUUUCUUCGUAAGGAGCAAGAUAGACGUGGACACGGAGACCCGGCCCGGGAGCCCACCUGUCCCUAAAGAAGAGCUGCAGGAACAGGUCCGGAAGAGCUGCAAGGAGGCCCUGAAGAAGGACGGCAUCGUCUCCCCACAGGUCUUCCUGGUCUCCAGCCUCACGCCCGAAGGCUACGAUCUGCCCCUCCUCCAGGAAGCCCUGCGCCGUGACGCUCCAGACCUAAAGAGGAAGGCUCUGAGCAGGGCCAUCCCGACCGUCCUGUCCCGACUGGUCAGGCGGAAGUCCAAGGUCCUGAUGAAGGACGUGUGGGUCAAGGCCCUGCAGAUCUGCCUCUGCUGCUUGGAGAAGCCCAACCUGGACGUGGCCGAGAACCUCGUGACCAACAUCGCCAGCUUCUGCAUCGACCUCGGCCUGAAUGAGGAGUCCCUGGAGGUCACCGCGAAGGUCGCCGGCAAGACGCUCCGGCGGCUCCAGGAGCAGGUCCGGAGCCCCUUCGCCAAGCCGCUGGACUCCACCUACGUGCUGGGCCUCAUCACCAAGCCGGUCUCGCUGUCCAGCUGGGCGUGGAGCUACGUGCCGUACCUGGGCCGGGGGACUAACCUGGAACCCGAGAUCUCCUUUGAGUCCACUUACGGGAUGCUGAAGCAAGUCGUGGUGGAGUUGUCGGAGGACGCAGAGCGGGUGCUUUACACGGCGCUUGUGGAAGAAUAGAGUUAUGCUGGGAUUUUUUUU